CACAGGAGGAGGAGGAGGCAAAGGAACAGUCUCUUCCGCUGUUUGGCGGCUCCGCCCAGCGGCGUGGAUCCGGUCGGAGCGCAGCGAGGAGCGGGCACUGCAGCCGGAAUGGCCCCCGGGGAGCUCGCCUUGUUGAGUGUCUCAGAUAAGACUAGCUUGUUGGACUUUGCCAAACGCCUGGUUUCCUUGGACCUGUCUCUUGUUGCAUCUGGUGGAACAGCCAAGACUCUGCGGGAGGCUGGUUUCGCUGUCCGGGAUGUGUCAGAGAUUACCGGCUUCCCCGAAAUGUUGGGCGGCAGAGUGAAGACCCUACAUCCUGCUGUUCAUGGAGGUAUCUUGGCGCGGAACAUUCCUGAAGACAUGUCCGACAUCAAAAAGCUCGGUUUCAGCAUGAUAAGGGUCGUGGCCUGUAACCUCUACCCAUUUGUGCAAACCAUUUCAGCUCCAAACGUGACAAUGGCAGAGGCCGUGGAGCAGAUCGACAUCGGUGGAGUGACGUUGCUGAGGGCAGCAGCCAAGAACCACGCCCGUGUGACCGUGGUGUGCGAUCCCGCCGACUACCUGCCAGUCGCCCAGGAAAUGGAGGCCUCGGAUCAGAAGGACACAUCCACGGAGACCCGGAAAGCCCUGGCGCUGAAGGCCUUCACACACACGGCCCAGUACGACGAGGCGAUCUCGGAUUACUUCCGGAAGGAAUGUGGCCGGGGGAAGUCACAGCUCUGCCUGAGGUACGGGAUGAAUCCUCACCAGACUCCAGCCCAGAUCUACACACAGAGGCCUCAGCUGCCCAUCCAAGUCCUGAAUGGAUCUCCCGGCUUCAUUAAUCUGUGUGACGCUCUGAACGCCUGGCAGCUGGUGAGAGAACUGAAGCAGGCCCUGUGUCUCCCUGCAGCUGCCUCCUUCAAGCACGUCAGCCCUGCUGGUGCCGCUAUUGGUGUCCCAAUGACUGAAGAAGAAGCCAGAGUCUGUAUGGUCCAUGAUAAAUAUGGCACACUGACUCCACUGGCUACAGCUUAUGCCAGAGCAAGAGGUGCUGACAGGAUGUCCUCCUUUGGUGACUUCAUCGCUCUGUCUGAUGUUUGUGACGUCCCGACUGCCCAGAUAAUCUCCAGAGAGGUGUCUGAUGGAAUUAUCGCCCCCGGUUACAAGCAAGAGGCGUUGGAUAUCCUGUCCAAAAAGAAAAAUGGAAACUAUUGCAUCCUUCAGAUGGACCUGGAGUAUGAACCUGACGAGGUUGAAACGCGGACUAUUUUCGGAUUGCAUCUGUCCCAGAAGAGGAACAAUGCGAUUAUCGAUCGGUCGCUGUUCGAAAAGCAGGUCACCUCAUCCAAGGAGCUGCUGGAUUCUGCGAUUCGGGACCUGAUAGUAGCCAGUAUUGCUGUGAAGUAUACCCAGUCUAACUCGGUGUGCUACGCAAAGGAUGGCCAGGUGGUUGGCAUUGGAGCAGGGCAGCAGUCCCGUAUUCACUGCACCAGACUGGCGGGGGAUAAGACUGACCACUGGUGGCUCCGACACCACCCCAAGGUGCUGGCCAUGAAGUUCAAAGCGGGCGCCAAGCGGGCCGAGAUCGCUAACGCCAUUGACCAGUACGUCGGGGGCACAAUGGAGGCGGAGGAUCUGCCUGCGUGGCAGGCCAUGUUCGAGGAGCCCCCUGAGCCACUCUCGGACACUGAGCGGAAGAACUGGAUCUCCCGCCUCAGCGGCGUCGCUCUGAGCUCGGAUGCUUUCUUCCCGUUCCGUGACAAUGUUGAGCGUGCCAAGAAGAGUGGAGUUGAUUUCAUCGCCGCCCCGUCUGGAUCGGCAGCUGACCGGGUGGUGGUCGGUGCGUGUGAGCAGCUGGGUAUAACACUGUUCCACACCAACCUGCGACUCUUCCACCACUAGAGGCUUUGCGUUCCCUGAGUGCGACCCAUCACGAGCCGUAACUAUGAAGAAAAAUUGCUUUUUGUACCACGCCCUUCCUUCCAAAGAUUAGUAACUGUCAUUUUAUGUUAAGAAGGAAAAAUGUUUGGGCUCAUGCCCACUGCUGUAGUGAGUUGUCUCCAUUUAGUUUUCCAAAUAAACACCAUGGUUUGGAAGUUGAAA